CCCUGAAAUACCUACAUUUUUGUGGUGUGAAUUAAUUAUUUUUUCUGGUUCUUACUUAAAAAAAUAGAAAGAAACUGUUUUUAAAACCAAAUAUACUUUCAAAUACCUGGUUAUAAACUUCAGGAACUGUGUGUAUUAUGUGAAUGUAGUGAGAAAGUGUAAUAAACUGUUGUUGAUCAUCCAGUUGGAACCAUGGAGGUGUCCCACUCCCUCACGUUGAAUGAGGCAGCGUUGCAGCAGCUGCCGGAUGAUAAGAAGCCCCAUUUCAUAUUUGAAUGGCUCCGUUUUUUGGACAAAGUCCUAGUGGCUGCUCAUAAGUCGGACAUAAAAAGCUGUCAGCAGAAGUUAGUCGCGCAACUCCUAAACCUGCUUCGCGAGUCGCUCGGCGCUCCGGCGCGGCGUCUACUAGCCCGAUGUCUGGCAACGCUGUUCUCUGUCGGCGAUACGUUCCUGCUGUUUGACACUGUUAACAAGUGCAACGACAUCAUCAAAGUGAAGGAUGACUCGCCUUCGUACUUGCCGACGAGAUUGGCUGCCAUCUGCUGCCUCGGCAGUAUGUACGAGAAACUCGGGCGCAUGAUGGGGCGGUCCUAUGAAGAGACCGUGGCCACGUUGAUCCGGUCUUUGAAGAGCGCCGAGUCCCAAACCAGGCUGGAGAUCAUGAAUACUCUUGAAAAGAUCUGCGUAGGUAUGGGCACAGCUGCCGGUAGUUCUUUGCGCGAAGUAUCACGCGCAGCGCGAACCUCUCUAUCCAGCGAACGCGCGUCUGUUGUUCGCGCGGGCGCGGCGCACACGCUGCGACGAUUGCUGCCGCUGAUGAAGCUGACGCCUGCUGACGUGGACGCCAUAGCCGCUGCUUGCUUGAGGGCGGCCCACCCUAGCGACUACGCGCUCAGAUGUGCCAUUGCUGAACUUCUCGGCGCUUUAAUGGCGGCCACACAGGCAGGAGAGGCUACAAAUCUAAAUAGCAAAUUGAAAGUCGGAGCUCAAUCAGUUCAACAAAACAAAAAGGAUCCUCCAAAGAACGUGGUGUCACUAGAAGAAGCGUUAAACCUGCUGAUGGGCGCAUUCUUGAGAGGAGGCACUUCGUUCCUCAAGGGAGAAAUCAUCAAGUCGGGCUCUGGAGUGAAUAGGGAGGUCCGAGUUUGCGUGACACAUGCGUACGUGAUCUUCGUCCAAAACAUGGGUGGAGUGUGGCUGGAACGCAAUAUGACGACGUUCUUAACUCAUGUGCUUGACUUGGUGGCCAACCCGAAGGCAGCUAGCUCGCACGUCGACGCAGUUUAUUCAAGAAAGUGUAUAAACUACAUCCUCCGCAACACGCUGGGUUCUAUGCUCGGGGAAAAAGCGCAGGCGGCGGCGUGUCGCGCGCUCGCUCAUACGCUGCUGCAGCAGAUGGCCAGCAUCGACUUCAACCCCGAAAACGCUAAGGACUGCAACCAGGAAACACUAUUCAGCCAGCAUUUGCUUGUAUGCGCAUUGACGGAAAUAGGAGAGCUGUCUUUGCAGCUCGGAACCUCAGUGCAGAAUCUCAUCUCGGACACUUCGCUUAACAUGAUCAAUGCUAUAUUCUCUGUGCUAGAACAUCCUUGUGCAGCCGCUCGCCUUGCCGCGGCGAGAUGUGCGCGUUGCGUUUGCGUUGCGUUGCCCUCGCAGUUAACACCACUACUAGAUGCCUGUUGUACUGCGCUUGACGCGCCCAGGCCCACGCCGCACCAUAUUGCAGGAUAUUCAGCAGCGUUAGCGGCCAUUCUCGGCGCGGUCCGUCUAUCGCCACUCGGCAUUCCCCACGGGCGAGGCAAAAUAGCCUUUAACGCGGCGGAACAGCUGCUAAGAUCGGCUGGCCAGAGCAGCAGGUUGACUGCUGCCAGGACCAACGCUGGCUGGCUUAUUGUUGGAGCUAUUUGUACGCUGGGAGUGCCAGUGGUGCGAGGCUUGCUGCCUAGAAUGUUGCUGCUAUGGAGAAACAGCUUCCCGCGUUCCGCUAAAGAACUCGAAUCUGAAAAAGCACGGGGUGACGCAUUUACUUGGCAGGUGACAUUAGAAGGUCGCGCGGGCGCGUUGUCAGCGCUGCACAGUUUGCUGAUUCACUGUCCAUCUCUGGUAAACAGCGAUGACACUGCUAAACGACUGUCGCAGCCUAUUGACGGAGCUAUCGCUGUACUGACCAACGUCGGCGGCGUAGUCCGCAACUACGGUGGAGCCCUAAAAGCCCCGGCGGCGCUCCUCCGCCUGCGACUGUACCAAGCGGCGGCCGCAUUAGCGCCCCACGCCGCCACCGCCCCCGCCGCACCUGCCCCUCCCGCGGCGCCCCUGUUGAGACUGUUGGCGGCUGAGAUCGCUGGCUCAGCUGAUCCUAGCGGGGCUAAUGUUGCUACAGCUGCCGCAUUGGCGCCCCACGCCGCCACCGCCCCCGCUGCCCCUGCACCCCCCGCGGCGCCGCUGUUGAGACUGUUGGCGACUGAGAUCGCUGGCUCGGCUGAUCCUAGCGGCGCUAAUGUUGCUACAGGGCUCCUCAUGUCAGCAAUGCAUCCGCGGGACACUAUCCUACUGGGUGAAGAAUGUUGGAUCUAUGACACGGAUCACGCAGAAAUUGAAGAACAGCUUAUAUCACCACUAAGCGCACGCGGUUCAGGCGCGUUAGAACACGACCCGUGCUGUGUAUACCGUGGCACCACGUCCCAGACACCGUCAUCGUCGGCUGCGUCGGCCGCCCAGCCUUUAGGAGUGGCCGUUAUAGACGCGGCGGUCGCUCUGUUCCCGCUCAUAUUCGCCAGGGCGGCUAACAAGCACAGACUAGAACACGACCCGUGCUGUGUAUACCGCGGCACCACGUCCCAGACACCGUCAUCGUCGGCUGCGUCGGCCGCCCAGCCUUUAGGAGUGGCCGUUAUAGACGCGGCGGUCGCUCUGUUCCCGCUCAUAUUCGCCAGGGCGGCUAACAAGCACAGGCAACAAAUGCUCGAACACUUUGCGGAGUGCAUCAAGAUGUCCAAAGGCCCGCGACAAGAGGCGAUCCAAGUUAACGUGUACACCGCUCUGCUCCUCGCCUUGAGGACGUUGGCUGAGCAGAAGAGUUCUCUGGGACAGGAAGCUGUGAAAACUGUCGCUACUGAGUUGAUUAUUAGCGGCCUCUCAGCAACCAGCGCGACCGUUCGCGUCGCAGCCGCGUCGUGCGCGGGUCGCCUCUGCGGCUGCAUCACCGAGACUGAAGCCCAGGCAUUAGGCGACCGCGUGUUGGCUCUCGCACGUGCGUCACCUGCGCGUCACACGCGCGCCGCCGCCGCUGCCGCUGUGGGCUGCGUGCACCGCGCGCGCGGGACCGCCUCUAGUGCUGCUGCGUUACCGAUUUUGAGGACGUUAGCGCAGGACGCCGCCAGUGGGGAACUGCAGUCUAGUGCCGCCGCCGCCGCCGCCGCCGUGGGCUGCGUGCAUCGCGCGCGUGGGACCGCCUCUAGUGCUGCUGCGAUUCCGAUUCUGAGGACGCUAGCGCAGGACGCAGCUAGCGGGGAAUUGCAGGUGUGGUCAAUCCACGCGCUAUCAGUGCUGGCUGACGCGUCAGGCCCGAUGUUCCGUUCGCACGUGGAGUCGACGCUGCAUCUGGCCCUGAAACUACUGUUCAGUGCGCCGCCCUACUUGGAAGAUCUGCACCGCAGCAUAGGGCGGCUACUGUCGGCACUGAUCACCGUCGUAGGACCGGAGCUCCAAGUGUGCGCAGUCAGCCGCUUCGUGUGCGCGUGCGCAGCGCUCGGCGAGUGCGCGGGCGCGUGGGGCGGCGGCGGCGGCGCGCGCGCGGAAGCCGUGGGCUGCCUACAACAGCUGCAGAUGUUCGCGCCAGAACACAUUAGCUCGCAGCCGCUGGUGCCGCAGUUGUGUCGCGACCUGUCAAGCUCCGAGCUGGCAGUACGCCGCGCCGCGUUGUGUUGUCUGCGGCAACUAUCGCAGAAAGAGGCUACGGAGGUGUGCAAGUACGCACUGUUGGCUAAGGACCACGUGCCGGCGAGGCCUUACUGUGGUGUAGUGAUAACAGAGACAGGUCUCCCCGGCGCUCUAUUCUCGUUCCUCGACAUGGAGAGGGAUAGUACAGCGCUGUCGUACGCUAAAGACACGCUGACAUGCUGUCUGCUGGCGGCGGCUGCGCAGCGCGGACUGAAAGACUGGCUGGCGCUGUGCAAGCGUGUGCUCACUGUCACUAGAGAGGACAGCAACAACCCAGACACGGACUUAGAAGCAGAAGGUGACGAUGACCAAGCGGAGUUUCACGCGGACUCCGACCAGAGCACCCACCCUGCUGUGCAGUCCCGCUGGCCUACCAGGGUGUUUGCUAUGGAAUGCAUCCAGAAGAUUCUGAGCGCGUGUGAAGCCACAGGCGAGAGUGCGCACUUCGAUCUUGUCAAAGCUAAAGAGAAACUACAAACUAAUCCCAAUGGAGACUACCUCUCAGUGCACCUAUCAGAGUUGGUUCGCAUGUCGUUUGUCGGCGCUACGGGCGAAUCGGACGCGUUGCGACUAUGCGGCCUGAAGACGCUACAUCAUCUGAUACACGCGUACGCUCGCGCUCCGGAACCGGACUUCCCUGGGCAUUUGUUGUUAGAACAGUAUCAGGCACAGGUGGGCGCGGCGGUACGUGCGGCGUUCGCAGGCGAGACAGCGUCUCAUGUGACGGCCGCCGCUUGUGACGUAUGCUCCGCGUGGAUUGGCUGCGGUGUCGCAAGGGACAUUAACGACUUGCGAAGGGUUCAUCACCUAUUGGUCUCGAGUUUAGACAAGCUAAACACAAAAGGCAAUACUACUCUGAUAUACAACGAAAGCAUGGCAACACUGGAGAAACUUUCCAUUCUGAAAGCAUGGGCAGAAGUAUACAUAGUAGCAAUGGUAAGCAACGACAGUGCUCCCGGCAGCUACGUCAAACAACUUGACACAAAACCUUUCAAUAACAAAGCGGAGUUGGCAAAAUGGCGGAACACCCUACUCCAAAACAAUAAUCAGAUAGACAACGCGGAUGUAGAGAGCGAUGACGAAUACGGGGAGUUUGAGUCGAAAGGGGAGAGUUUGCUGAAACUGGUCGAGCCAGAGUUGGAUAGCUUGGGCGAGAACUGGAUAGCUGCCUUGAAGGAUCACGCGCUAUUGAGUCUGCCGCCUGAAUUUGCGUCGCAACUACCGCACGGGGGCGGAGCAUUCUACAGCGCAGAAACAGCGGAGGCGUCGCGAGCGCACUAUUCGCGCGCCUGGCCCGCGCUUUUACUAGCGGCCGCGCUGCGGUACAAUGCACGCGCUUCUUCAGAUACUGGCGCGCGUUCGAGCGACAACAAAGUCGACAACAAACCAACCAAGACUGAAAAUGGAAAUUUUGAGUUCUUCGAACCAACCGAUGAAAGAUUCCAUUUACUAUUCGGUAUUUGUAUGGAGGCAUUGUGUGCACAGAGAGACAUGAGCACAGAAAAUACAAUAACUGUGCUUCUAUCAUUAGUUACGUUAUUGGACGCGCCUGAAAACAGGGCUAGACUACUAAAAGAUAGAGCCCUAGCCAUAGAGUUGUGCCAAAUCAUCCACCGCGCGGGAUUAACCCAAGAGAGCAUAGAAGCGCUACUGUUGGCAGCUGACGUGUUAAGACUUAUUAUUGACGGAGCCCGCGAGCAGUUGCAGGCGAAUAUGCAGGCCAAGAUCAAAGAACUGGCACCAAACGAAGCGGAGGGCGCGGUCCCUCAAUCGGUCCUGGAAGUUGUCCACACACUAGGCGAGGGGGGUCCCACUGGCGACCUACCCCCAGGAAAGUCUCUAGUCUUCGCGGCUUUGGAGCUAUGCGUGUGCUUACUAGUGCGCCGGCUACCAGCCCUCAGUCCGCAGAAGCAGGGGGGCACGCGCGGCGCGAUACCCAACAACAUGAAAAGCUUCUACACGCUACUAGUUCUGACGCUGGCGCUAGCGGCGGCAAGGGACCCUAGAGACAUGGCGCACACGAGAGCGGCCAUUGUUGCGCUGACUGCGUUGGAUGAACUGGUAGCGGCUGCACCGGAUGACUCGCGUAUCCAACUCCUCUGGGUGCUAGUGCCCAUAGUGAUGUCAUACUUACGAAAUGGAGGUACACAGCCGGCGCACGUGCGCGCGCUGCACGACUUCGCGCUGCACUGGCUCACGCGCGUCGGGCCCAAGUACCCGCAGGAGUUCAAAACCAUGAUGCAGCAGUCCACCGAGCUUCGAUCCAAGCUGGAAGGCGCAUUGAAAGCAUCGCAAGCGGCUCGAACCCGCGCCCAGCCGCGAGCGGUAUUCGCCGCCCCACCGCAACGCCCUACUAUACAACUGAAGACAGACUUCAGCGAUUUCAGAUAAAAAACCUUAUUUAUUAAAUCUUCAAGCCCUGCGAAUGAGGGCUAUCGUUUUUAUACUUAACAGUUGGCACCCCUGGCGAUUGACAGGACCUUACUCUACAGUGGCGCCAUCUUGAUGAGUGCAAAUGCGAUAGUCCUCCUACCACUUGAGCGCCACAAGUUGGUGCCACUGUCUUCGCUACUAGCAAGUGACAGGACCUUACUCUACAGUGACGCCAUCUUGAUGAGUGCAAAUGCGAUAGUCCUCCUACCACUUUAGCGCUCACC